AUGUCCGACUUUUUUCGCCGAGCAUCAGACGCGUUUCACAAUCGCCAGCGUCAAGGCUCGUCCGACUCCACGGGUGCACAAAUCUCUCCGGACGCAGCGAAGUCUCCUGAAGAACCAAACAAGCAGCGUACUGGGUCUGUUCAGUCGGAAUCCCAUGUCAACGAAGCUUUUGCUGGAACUGCAACUACUGAUACGGUCCAGCCUACUACGAAAAAGCACUAUCCUUGGGGCUGGAAACACCACCAGGAAAAUGUACCAGGGGAGAGGAAACCAUCUGUCAGUGAUCAAGUGAAAAAAGAUGAUGUUGACUGGGUUAUUGGAUCGUAA